AUGGCUCCGCUCUGCGCGCUGCUGUCCUGCCUGCUGCCCUUGCACUGCGCGCUCUGCGCCGCCGUGGGCAGCCAGACCCCAGAGCUGCGCCUCUCUGGGAAGCUCAGUGACUAUGGUGUGACGGUGCCCUUCAGCACAGAUUUUCGGGGCCGCUUCCUCUCCCACGUGGUGUCUGGCCCAGCAGCGGCCUCCAAGGGGAGCGUGGUAAUGGACAGGCCACCGUUGCACUCCAGUCACCUCAGGGUGGCUCGCAGUCCCCUGCACCCAGAAGGAGAGACCCUGCAGCCUGGCCAGGUGGGGCGCCACUUUCUCUACUUCAACGUGACCAUUUUUGGGAAGGAGCUGCACUUGUGCCUGCGUCCCAACCGGAGGUUGGUGGUGCCGGGAGCCUCCGUGGAAUGGCAAGAGGAUUUUCGGGAGCUGUUCCGUCAACCCUUGCAGCAGGAGUGUGUGUACACUGGAGGUGUCACUGGAAUGCCCGGGGCAGCUGUUGCCAUCAGCAACUGUGAUGGAUUGGCGGGCCUCAUCCGCACAGACAGCUCCGACUACUUCAUCGAGCCUCUGGAGCGAGGGCAACAGGAGACGGAGGCCAGCGGGAGGACCCAUGUGGUGUACCGCCGGGAAGCCGUCCAGCGGGAGUGGGCAGAACCUCACGGGGACCUUCACAAUGAAGCCUUCGGCCUGGGUGACCUCCCCAACCUGCUGGGCCUGGCAGGGGCCCGGCUUGGCUACGCGGAGCGGAAGCGGCGCCAUGCCAAGCCCGGCAGCUACAGCAUCGAGGUGCUGCUGGCGGUGGAUGACUCCGUGGUUCGCUUCCACGGCAAGGAACACGUGCAGAACUACGUGCUCACCCUCAUGAACAUCGUGGAUGAGAUUUACCACGAUGAGUCCCUGGGGGCCCACGUGAACAUCGCCCUCGUCCGCCUGGUUAUGGUCGGCUACCGCCAGUCCCUGAGCCUGAUCGAGCGGGGGAACCCCUCGCGCAGCCUGGAACAGGUGUGCCGCUGGGCGCACUCCCAGCAGCGCCAGGACCCCGGCCAUGCGGAGCACCACGACCACGUCAUCUUCCUCACCCGGCAGAACUUUGGGCCCUCAGGUAUGCAAGGGUAUGCGCCUGUCACUGGCAUGUGUCACCCCCUGAGAAGCUGUGCCCUCAACCACGAGGAUGGCUUCUCCUCUGCCUUUGUGGUGGCGCACGAGACCGGCCACGUGCUCGGCAUGGAGCACGACGGGCAGGGGAACGGCUGUGCGGACGAGACCAGCCUGGGCAGUGUCAUGGCGCCCCUGGUGCAGGCUGCCUUCCACCGCUUCCACUGGUCCCGCUGCAGCAAGCUGGAGCUCAGCCGCUACCUCCCCUCCUACGACUGCCUCCUCGAUGACCCCUUUGAACCCACCUGGCCGCAGCCCCCGGAGCUGCCCGGGAUUGACUACUCAAUGGAUGAACAGUGCCGCUUUGACUUCGGCACCGGCUACCAGACCUGCUUGGCAUUCAGGACCUUUGAGCCCUGCAAACAGCUGUGGUGCAGCCACCCGGACAACCCAUACUUCUGCAAGACCAAGAAGGGGCCCCCGCUGGAUGGGACCGAGUGUGCACCAGGCAAGUGGUGUUUCAAAGGUUACUGCAUCUGGAAGUCGCCGGAGCAGAUUUAUGGCCAGGAUGGAGGCUGGAGCUCCUGGACCAAGUUUGGGUCAUGUUCUCGGUCCUGUGGGGGUGGAGUGAGAUCCCGCAGCCGGAGCUGCGACAACCCCCCCCCAGCCUACGGAGGCCGCCUGUGCUCAGGGCCCUCCUUCGAGUACCAGGUCUGCAACAGCGAGGAGUGCCCCGGGCCCUACGAGGACUUCCGGGCCCAGCAGUGUGCCAAGCGGAACUCCUACUACACCCACCAGAACACCAAGCACAGCUGGCUCCCCUACGAGUCUGAGGAUGACACCCAGAAGUGUGAGCUCAUCUGCCAGUCGGCAGACACGGGAGACGUGGUGUUCAUGAACCAGGUGGUCCAUGACGGGACGCGCUGCAGCUACCGGGACCCUUACAGCCUCUGUGCCCGUGGCGAGUGUGUGCCCGUUGGCUGUGACAAGGAGGUGGGGUCCAUGAAGGCUGAUGACAAGUGCGGGGUCUGUGGCGGUGACAACUCCCACUGCAGGACUGUGAAGGGGACCCUGGGCAAGGCCUCCAAGCAGGCAGCAGCUGUCAAACUGGUACAGAUCCCGGCAGGUGCCAGGCACAUCCAGAUCGAGGCGCUGGAGAAGGCCCCCCACCGCAUUGUGGUGAAGAACCAGGUCACGGGCAGCUUCAUCCUCAACCCCAAGGGCAAGGAGGCCACAGGCCGGACCUUCACCGCGCUGGGCCUGGAGUGGGAGCACACGGUGGAGGACGCCAAAGACAGCCUCAAGACCAGUGGGCCUCUGCCCGAAGCCAUCGCUGUCCUGGUACUGCCCCCCACUGAGGGUGGCCCCCACGGCAGCCUGGCCUACAAGUAUGUCAUCCAUGAGGACCUGCUGCCACUCAUCGGGAGCAACAAUGUGCUUCUAGAGGAGACGGACACCUAUGAGUGGGCGCUCAAGAGCUGGGCACCCUGCACCAAGGCCUGUGGAGGAGGCAUCCAGUUCACCAAAUAUGGAUGCCGGCGAAGACGCGAUCACCACAUGGUGCAGAGACACCUGUGUGACCACAGGAAGCGACCCAAGCCCAUCCGCAGGCGCUGCAACCAGCACCCGUGCUCUCAGCCUGUGUGGGUGACCGACGAGUGGAGUGCCUGCAGCCGGAGCUGCGGGAAGCUGGGGGUGCAGACCCGGGAGGUGCACUGCUUGCUGCCCCUCUCCAAUGGCACUCGCAAAGCCCUGCCAGCCAAGGUGUGCCCUGGUGACCGUCCUGAGGCCCGGAGGCCCUGCCUUCGCGUGCCCUGCCCAGCCCAGUGGCGGACAGGAGCCUGGUCCCAGUGCUCGGCCACCUGCGGAGAGGGCAUCCAGCAGCGGCAGGUGGUGUGCAGGACCAACACCAACAGCCUUGGCCAGUGUGAGGGGGACAAGCCAGACACUGUCCAGGUCUGCAGCCUGCCAGCCUGUGGAGGAAACCUCCAGAACUCCACAGUGAAGGCCAAGGAGCCUGUGACUCCAGAGGGGCAGUGGGUACCACAGUCAGGGCCGUCGCCUCCCACGAACAGGAUAGCAUCAGUGGAGCCCUGUGCGGGGGACAGGUCCAUCUUCUGCCACCUGGAAGUGCUCGGUCGCUACUGCACCAUCCCUGGCUACCACCGCCUGUGCUGCGAAUCCUGCACCAAGAAGGCCUCGGGCCCCGCCACCAGCCCGGACCCCAGCCCAGCCUCGCCUCCUCCGCUCUCCACUCCUGGGACCUCCUUACCAGAACCCAAGGCCACUCCGGAGGCUGUGGAGCCCGCCAGGGGGCCAGGAGAGUUGGACGACCAUCAGCAAGGCCGACCCACCCAGCUCCCGGGACCACGGGACAGGGGCUCCUCAGCCUCCCAGACUCUGAGCCCUAGAGCAUUUGGGGGCACCUCCCCUACCACUCCUCAGGGACCACCUUGGGGCUGGACCCAGCCACCUGUGCCAGCCUCUGAGGGCCCAGGACAGUCCAGGGAGGAACCAAGGCAUCCAGGCACUGGCCUUCCUGCCACCUCCCCGGUGACAUGA